AUGGUGUACAUCCCUUCGCAGGAUACUGAUGUGAAACUCACCAACCUCCGCUUGGACGAUCCAGAACUCCGGCGUCAGGCGGUGCGUUCCCUGCGUGCGGAGCGCCGAUUUCUGGCGCUCUACCGCAAUGACGGAGACGCGUCGCAGCCGCGGAGAUGGACGAAGAUCAAAGCGAAGCUGGGCAUGGUGUGGCGCGCGCAGGAACCCCUGAAGAGCAACAAGCCGAAGCAAGGCCUGGGACAGGAGCUGCGCGCCGCGUUCCUUGACGUCGAUGGCGAGACCCAGCGCGAGCUAAAGUUCAAGGAGCAACGGCAGAAGCGCAGUGAGGGUCGGGUGGCUCGGGCAAAGCCACAGAGAGAAGAUGUGGUGAUGCUCUCCUCUGAUGACGAGGCUCCAGCUCCAACUGCAGCUCCAACGGCGCCAACAGGGCCAACAACUGAGGUCACAGGACCUGAUCCAGAAGAUGCGAUGCUGCAAACACCUCCUGGACGAUCAACGAAAGAGGCCACAAGCGAGGACAAGAUGCAGUCAGAGGCAGAUGCUACGAAAGAGGCUGAAGUGAAUGCAAAUGCGGACACCCCAGGAGCCACUCACGAGGGCGUGAAGGAGAUGGAUUUGAUCCAGACACCACCUCCGCGACCAAUCAGAAACGAGGAGGUCCUAAGCGGAGAGAAGACCAUCCGAAUCCGUGCUGAGGCCGUGAUCGAAGCUCCGGCUGAUAUACGCUUUGCCGCCAAGGUUGCCCUGGGCGGUCGCCUGGCUGAUCGCCUGGGUGAUUGGUCGUCACGUGCAGCCAUGGAGGGUGUGCCGAUAGGCUAUGUGGGACACAACGCCGAGACUGUCAAGGUUCGCUUGCACUCCAUCUGCUUCUCGGUGAAGGGUACCUUGUUCGUAUCAGCACUGGCGUCAAAUUCUGGUGACCUUUUGAUGCUUAGCUGGGAAGGAUCGCUGGAGGCUGCAAUGAAGGCCUUCAUUCGAUCCGAGUGCCGCGAGCUGUCGGCAGUGCCAAAUGAACGGAUUCGCUUACUCUUUCGUGGCGUGGAGCUACGUGAUGACAUGCCGAUUGCACAGCUGGGUGAAGCAGAGCUGGAUCUGCAUUUCUUGGUCCUGGGGCAGAAAGAUGAGGUGCUAGGCUUUGAAUUGGCGCUGUGCAAAUGUGUUCCUUGUCCAACUGAACUGGAAGAGUUGCUGCGCGACUGUUCCCAGGGCCUGCAGCAAGCCGCACCCAUCUUGACAGAGAGUGGCUGCGGUGGCACCUAUUUCUUGAAAGGCAAAGCGCAGGGGCAGACUUUGGCAGUGUUUAAACCCAAAGACGAAGAAGCAGGAGCUCCACAAAAUCCCCGAGGUUACCUUGGCCGCGAGAACUCUCGUUACUUUCUGCCCGCUGUGGCGUCUGCUCAACGCGCAGUCAGAGAAGUCGCUGCAUAUCUGUUGGACAAAGGACAUGCGAAGGCACCGCUUAGGUCCCGGCCACCUCAUGACAUCAAAGAGAAGAGUGGCGAUACUUCGCCCUUGUUGAGACAGACUGGCCACUGCUCCUUGCCUACACAGGUUACGUUUGUGUGGAACAACCAGAAAUGCCAUGGCAGUCAAUUCCACCUGGAUGUUCUGAACGGUGACCUGGACGCGAUGGAGCGGCAGCUUGAUCAAGGUGCUUCAGUCAGCGCGGAAUUUCAUUAUCGAAGCAGCCAUUCCCAAAGCCUGACGUAUGGCCAGCCCAUUCACCUCGCUGCUAGCCGAGGGCAUGAACUAGUGAUCCUACUCUUGCUGAGCCACGGUGCAAGCCUUGAGAGCACACUGCACCGCAACGGCAAGAGGCUCUACAAUGUGUUGGAUGCUGCUGUGUAUGGGGAAGGAUUUGGUGGCCAGGAUUCAACAAUUGCCUUCCUCGUCUCGAGUAAGGCUGAUAUCAUGUCGCAGAAUCAUCAGAAGCGGACACCUCUUCAUGUGGCUUUUCAAACGGGCAACCAGGAGACCAUCUGGGCAGUGCACAAGGCUGUACACGACCACAAGACAGCCCUGCAAGAACUGGGUGCAUGGCAUGCAGAGGAACAAGCCGACCAAGAGGUCGAUUUCCACUCUGAUCAGGGGAUGCCGACUCCAUUGGAGAUCGGCAUCAAGUGCUGCAAAAUGGAUACUCAGGCUUUGGCCCAAUCAGCAGAGCCCACCAUGCUGAGCUUCAGGACCUUCAUCCACCGCGCACCUGAAUGCAUUCCUAGCUUUGCCAAGCGCCUGCAGGAGCUUUGGAGCGAGCAAGAACUGACCCAGCAGCUGGGCAACGUGACGGUUGAAGACCUGGCCACCUUGCUGAACGACUUUCCGCAGGCUGCCGCCUCUGUGUUGGAAGCCGCCACGGCUAGACCUUUCGUGGUUAGUGAGGGAAGACAUCCCAUGCCUGCCAGGGUUAGUUUUGCCUGCCGAGAGUUCACGGUCAAGUUUCAAAUGCCCUGCCUAUGUUUCUACACUCCAGAGGUUGACUGGAUCUACAAUGACUCCUACAGGAUGGCCCCGGAAUGGCAUACCUACUUGACGGAUGUCCGAGACAGGCCAAUGCUUGAUGCCAGGAUCCAAGUAUGUCACAUUCCAGACAUAAUCUCUCCCAGUUUCUUCUCUGCAGUGUUGGAUGCCCAAACAACACAACAGCAGGCCAUGUUCCUUUUCAAAUGUGCACCGGUGCGUGGUGCAGUUUGGUUCACAUUUUGGAAUGGCUCCAUGUGGGUGGAUAUCGUCCAAACGGUGACCUCCUCUUGGGGUUUGUGCUUGCUAGUCGUUGAGACCUUGAUGGCGCACGAGGCUUCUGUGGAAACUGACCAAGCCUUUGUGGCCUUGAAACCCAGCUUGGCAGAUGGGCAUGGAAUUGUCGCAGAUUGGAUUGUUGCGAAAGGAAUUGUCGACGUCUUGCUGGAAGCUGUGCAGUUUGCAGCCUGCUGUCGCAAAGACCCAACCAGCUACUGUCGUCUGGGAAAUCUUUGGGAUCUCAUUCGAAGUUUCCUGCCCAUUAUGCUUUGUGGCAGCAUCAGUCACGGUUGCUUCAAUGUUUGA